AUGCUUCCAUUACUUGAAGAGAUCAGUUUAAAUUGUCAAUUAUCAAAUGAAUUAUGUCUAUUCAAACAAUACGAUGAUAUUCAAUGGUCAAUAGAUGAAAAAACAGAAAUAAAUGAAACAAAUGAAAUAAUAAACAAUGAUUUCCUAUCUCAUACUAAACACACUACACAAUAUGAUAAUAAUAAUAAUAUACAUAAAACCAAUGAUUAUAUUGAUGAAAUAUUUACAGAUAUACAAGAUGAUUUCACUUGGCAAUCGAAUUCACCAUGUUCUUCAGAAUCGAUUGAUUCAUUUUCAUAUCAUCAUAAUGAUUUAAAAUAUUCUAUAGAUGAUUAUUUAUUAUCUAAUGAAAAAUUAUUCUCUUUUCAUAAAUCAACUGAAUAUAUAAUGAAAGAUAAUAAUAAUAAUAAUAAUAAUAAUAAUAAUUAUCAUAAAACAAUGAAUAUAUUGAAUCGAUUAAAUUAUUAUGAUCAUUCAUUAGAUUCAUUAUUAUUAUUUGAUUCAAUCAAACAAAAUUAUUAUUUAAAUGAAUAUAAUAAUCAUAAUAGAAAUGAUAAAGAAUUUAUGAAUAAUAUAAAAGAACAAACAAAACGUAUUAUAAAUUCUAUUAAUGAAGAUGAAUCUCAUUUGAAAAGUACAGAUAUAGCUUGGAUGGAUACAUUAGAUGUUUCUAGUUUACGUAUGGAUGAUGCUGUACAAAUUUUUUCAACAGUUAACUCAUUAAAAUCUACAUCCGAAGAAAUCAAUAAACUUGAUCAUUCAAUAUCAUCAUCUUCAUCCUCAUCCUCAUCGUCUUCAUCUUCAUCAUCAUCAUCAUUUCAACAUAAUUACGAUUUGAAUCAUAAACGUUUACAACUGAAUCCAAAUUCAAUAUUCAAUGAUAAUGAAUCCAUUUCUAAUGAAAAGGAACACUCUGAACAUAAUGAAAAGAAUAAUGAUGAAUAUAAUUCAGAUAGUACAUUAACAUGUUCUGAAGCUGAAUAUUAUAAUAAUUUAAUACGUCAAAAACGUUUAAGAAAACAUCGAACUAAUAAACGAAAAUCUAAGCAUAGAUCAAUCAUUUCAAAUAAUGAAGAUGAUUCCAAUACCUCAUCAUCAUCAUCAUCAUCAUCAUCACUGGAAGAAGAAGAUGAGGAGGAGGAGGACGACGACGACGAUGACGACAACGACGAGAAAGAGGAGAAGAAGGUGAAAAAAGCUGAAAAAAUGAUAAAUAAUCGAUGUAAAAAGUUUACUUAUCAUACAAUUACUACUAAUUUACAUCAUCGAAAAAAUACUACAUCAGAACAGUAUAUACAAUCAUCUAAUGAAAUAAAUGAAUAUGAAUCAUGGUGGCCUAAUCCUGUAACACGACGUAUGUAUAAAGAUUUUCAUUCAACACUUUGGUUAUUUAAUGAAUCAUUCAAUUGUAAUGAUCAGAAAAUGAUAAAUAAUGAUAUGAAUGAUAAGGAUAUAAAACAAUCUAUUAUAACAAAUCAUCAAAUUAAAUCAAGAAAAUAUCGAAAGGGUUAUCAUUCCAAUUCACAUUCACAUAAUAAUCAUAAUCGAUAUAAAAAUAAACAAAUGGAAUUAUGGCAAUUUAUAUUAUAUCGUUUAGAAUUAAGUAAAGAUAGUGCAUUUCAAUGGGUUAAUAAAUCUACUGGAUUAUUUCGUAUUGUAAAUACACAAUUAGCAGCAAAAGAAUGGGGUUAUUAUCGUAAUAAUAAAUUAAUGGAUUAUGAAAAAAUGGCAAGAGCUAUAAGAUUUUAUUAUAAAGAUUCAAUAUUACGUAAAUCACGUCAACAAUUACAUUUUCAAUUUGCUAUGCCAUAUGUAAAAUGGGCAGAAAAAUUUUAUGAAAAUAAAAAAAAAUUUUUUAAAAAUUCCUCUUCAUUUUGA